AUGUCUUCGCCUCACGACCACUCGCAGCCACUCUUAGUCUACUCAGAACAAGACCAGCCCGAGACGGCCUACGACUCGGCCGAUAAGGUCCACGUGGUCGGGAUUGACGAACCGUUAGACGACGACUUCAAGACGCCGCCGUUUUCAUGGAAGAAGCUCUGGCUCUUCACCGGCCCUGGCUUUCUGAUGAGCAUCGCUUUCCUCGACCCUGGAAAUUUGGAGGGCGAUCUUCAGGCGGGUGCGAUAGCUGGAAACUCGCUGCUGUGGCUUCUCAUGUGGGCCACGGCUAUGGGGCUCUUGGUUCAGCUGUUGUCGGCUCGGCUCGGCGUGGCGACUGGGCGGCACUUGGCUGAGCUGUGUAGAGAUGAGUACCCGACGUGGGCGAGAAUGGUGCUUUGGGUGAUGGCAGAGUUGGCUUUGAUUGGGGCUGAUAUACAGGAGAGGGCCAGUGGUUUCGGCUCUUUCUGUAGUUUUGUUAAAGUUUUGAAGUUCUUAGUCAGCCAGUUGACUUAUUUCAUCUUUCUUUUUCUUGAAAAUUAUGGUGUGAGGAAGCUGGAAGCAGUGUUCGCAGUUCUGAUUGCAACAAUGGCACUGACAUUUGCAUGGAUGUUUGGGGAAGCUAAACCCAGUGGCACCGAACUUCUUAUUGGUAUUUUGGUUCCUAAACUUAGCUCCAGAACAAUAAAGCAGGCUGUUGGAGUUGUUGGUUGCAUAAUUAUGCCUCACAAUGUAUUCUUGCACUCAGCUCUUGUACAAUCAAGGGAGAUUGAUCACAGCAAGAAAGGACGAGUUCAAGAAGCUCUCAAUUACUAUAGCAUAGAGUCCACCAUUGCUCUUGUUAUCUCCUUCGCUAUCAACCUAUUUGUUACCACUGUGUUUGCCAAGGGGUUUUAUGGUACAGACCUGGCAGACAGUAUAGGCCUUGUAAAUGCAGGGGAGUAUCUUCAAGAGAAGUAUGGGGGUGGGGUGUUCCCAAUUUUGUACAUCUGGGGUAUUGGGUUGUUAGCAGCUGGCCAGAGUAGCACUAUUACAGGUACCUAUGCAGGGCAGUUCAUUAUGGGAGGUUUCUUAGACUUGAGAUUGAAAAAAUGGAUGAGGGCUUUGAUUACACGAAGCUGUGCAAUCAUCCCAACUAUAAUAGUUGCUCUUGUAUUUGAUACAUCAGAGGACACAUUAGAUGUUUUGAAUGAGUGGCUUAAUGUGCUUCAGUCAAUUCAGAUCCCGUUUGCACUUAUUCCCCUGCUUUUCUUGGUGUCAAAGGAGCAAAUCAUGGGAGUUUUUAAAAUUGGCCCUGUUCUCAAGAUUGUUGCGUGGCUUGUGGCUGCCCUGGUGAUGGUGAUCAAUGGUUAUCUUCUGCUGGACUUCUUCUCGUCUGAAGUGAAUGGGGUGCUUGUUGGCUUCGUAAUGUGUGCUUUCACAGCUGGGUAUCUAGGAUUUAUAGUUUACCUUGUUUUCCGGGGCAUCGACUUUUCAAGUUGGUGCGGAUCAAAGAGGUUGCAGAUCCAGUGA